AUGAAGGCCAACGUCCGGACUCCCAAGCCCAGCCUCACUGUCCCUGAGCCUGCCACCAACGCUAAGAGCCAGUCUACCACCGGAGCUACCUCUCCCAACUCGACCAUCUCCAGCUCUUCAUAUGAAGAGUUGGUCAACAAGUACUGCUUUUUUGGAUCAAAACAGUCGAGUCCUAACAUGAAGGACGGUACACUCAGCGGUGCCCGCUUCGACGGUGCUGCCGGCGGAAAUCACCACCGCCGCAGCUAUACCACCUCGCUUGGAAGCCCGAACGGAAAUGCCCAUCACGCCGGACCCGCAACUCACCAUACCCUUCAGCUGCACGGCGCCAUGAGCCCUCCUUCGGGUGCUUCAACACCAAAGGAUGCGUUUCGAGCCAACAGUACUUCGCCUUCACCGAGACCUUCAGCCACGGCUAGGUCGGCCUCACCCGCCUUCGUGUCGUUUGAUGCCACACCAUCCAACGAUCUAUCGUACCAUGUCCAGCAACAAAUGAUGGAUCGGUUUCCCUGGUCUGAUGGACAUGCUGCUACGGCGAUCCGAGGAUAG